AUGGAGAACACUGCGGAGAACAUUACGGAGACAGUCAUCAGCAGCAGUGACACAACAGGCCUACUCUCCACGGUCUCACACCAAUCCACUCAGCCAGUGCAAGAGAAGUCAAUACAGCAGGCGAAUGCGGAGAACACUACGGAGAAACCAAGCGGCAACAAGGCCUCCAGCACCAAGAACACGGCUCAGCUCUCCAAGAUCCCACGUCAUAUACUCUCCACGGUUCCACAUCAAAUCAUCACUCAGCAAGCGCGGAGAACACCACUGCAACUAAGCCUAUCAUCCCCACUACAUUAA